CCCCUCCCCCUCGCCUCCCUCCCUCCCAGCAGCAGCAGCAGUAGCCGCUUUAGCGGAGCCGGAGAUGUGCAGAGAGCGCGCGCGGCGCAGCAGCUCUGGAUCCACAGCCUUCCUAGCUCGCAGUUCCCUGCGCCCCCGCUGCCGCUGUCGCCGCCUCGGUGCCCCCAGGUUCCAGUCCCUCUCCUAGGACAGCGCCGCCACCGCCGCCCGGCCCUGCCUGCCGCCUGCGCCGCGCAGCCCUCGCGCGCUCCCGGAUGGCGCUUUCCUCCCAGAACCAGUGAGUAGACAGGAGAGCGCUGGGUGUCCGGCGCCGAGGCUUGGCUUGGAGGGAACAUCUUUUGCUUAAAGGAGGUACUCCAAACCACCUGCUGCGAUUCCUCAACCUCCAGGUUUAGAACGUGAUAAUUCAAGAAUUUUAUAAUACAGUGGAAUAGCUUAACAACUGUCUAUGUGCUUCCCAUGAUAUGUUCUCUAUAUUAACCAGAAGUGGAUCCUGGCUUUUCAUUGUGAGAACUUGGUAGGAUUUCUGGAGGUAAAACCAAGAAAAUGCGGAGAUCCCCCAAGACUGUAGCUCUCACAAGUUAUUCACUCUGACUAGUCCACGCUCAGCCUCAGCAGUUCAUGAAAGUUACCAUCUAAAUGUCCCUACCAGUUUAUGGCUCCAGCAGCUUCUGUUCGAGAAAAAAGUAUGACACCAGCAUCCAAAGGAAUUCUCCGCCCAUUUUUAAUCGUCUGCAUUAUCCUGGGCUGCUUCGUGGCAUGUCUGUUCAUUUACAUCAAGCCCACCAACAGCUGGAUCUUCAGUCCAAUGGAGUCAGCCAGCUCAGUGCUGAAAAUGAAAAAUUUCUUCUCCACCAAAACUGAUUAUUUUAAUGAAACUACUAUUCUGAUUUGGGUGUGGCCAUUUGGGCAGACCUUUGAUCUUACAUCCUGCCAAGCAAUGUUCAACAUCCAAGGAUGCCACCUCACAACAGACCGUUCUCUGUACAACAAAUCUCAUGCAGUUCUGAUCCAUCACCGAGACAUCAGUUGGGAUCUGACUAAUUUACCUCAGCAGGCUAGGCCACCCUUCCAGAAAUGGAUCUGGAUGAAUUUGGAAUCACCCACUCACACACCCCAAAAGAGUGGUAUUGAGCACCUGUUCAAUCUGACUCUGACUUAUCGCCGCGACUCAGAUAUCCAAGUGCCUUAUGGCUUCUUGACGGUGAGCACAAACCCCUUCGUGUUUGAAGUGCCAAGCAAAGAGAAGUUAGUGUGCUGGGUUGUAAGUAACUGGAACCCUGAGCACGCCAGGGUCAAGUAUUACAAUGAACUAAGCAAAAGUAUUGAAAUCCAUACCUAUGGGCAAGCAUUUGGAGAGUAUGUGAAUGAUAAAAAUUUGAUUCCUACCAUAUCUACUUGCAAAUUUUAUCUUUCCUUUGAAAACUCCAUCCACAAAGAUUACAUCACAGAAAAGCUCUACAAUGCUUUUCUGGCUGGCUCUGUACCUGUUGUUCUGGGGCCAUCUAGGGAAAACUAUGAAAAUUAUAUUCCAGCAGAUUCAUUCAUUCAUGUGGAGGAUUAUAACUCUCCCAGUGAGCUAGCAAAGUAUCUGAAGGAGGUUGACAAAAACGAUAAGUUAUACCUUAGUUACUUUAACUGGAGGAAGGAUUUCACAGUAAAUCUUCCACGAUUUUGGGAAUCACAUGCAUGCUUGGCUUGUGAUCAUGUGAAAAGGCAUCAGGAAUAUAAAUCUGUCGGUAAUCUAGAGAAAUGGUUUUGGAAUUAAAGUUUUUCAUCAUUUGCACACUUGGCAAAUUAUUUUGAUGAGAUAUCAUCCAAGUUUUGUGGAUGAAAAGAGAGACAACAUUCCGCUUUUGUGUCACAAUUUAUUUUUAUCACUCUCUUUUGGGUAACAUGUAUAUUUUGAUGGAGAUUUUUAAAAGCUCAGCAUUAGCAAUCAUUCCAUUUGGUUUUAAAUUAUCUUGUAUAUACCUAAUUAUGUGCGCUGAAAAAUAAUUUAUUCUUUGCUAUCAUUCGUAAACAGUUUUUUUCACAUUUUUGUAGUUGUUUGCAAUGUAAGUUUGUGAUAUGAUUAUUGUUUCUACAUUGAUCAACUGUUUAAUCUAUUUGGGAAAUGAAGAUGCACAUCUUAAAAUAUGAGAUAUUUUCACUAGAUAGUAUAAUCUCUAGUUCCAAGUUUGCAUAAUGUAACAAAGGAAAAGUGUUUGUAAUUGAAUUCUAACCUCUUUGACUUCGAACUUGAACAAAGUGUAUAACUGUCUCUAUUUGAUCUAUUUUUUACCUGUUUACCACAUUUGUUUAGGCAGAAUUAUUCCUAUAGUGAAUAAAAAAGAUAGUGAAGCAGAACUGUGAUAUUCAGAAAGCUAUUAGACUUCCCAUUUAUUUUCACUAAGUUUACUCGCAAAUGUAGCUACUAGUUCUCAUGAUCUUAAAUUAAAUUAUUCAAGUGUUUUAAAAUAUCCAAUUUUUUGAGAGUUUUAGUACCUGAGAAAUAAUCCUAAUAACAGUUAAGGAAAUCUAAGGCAGUUCUCUUCCUGAUCCUGAUAACACAUUAUUAUAAAAAAACAAAUAAUUUCCUCAAAUAACAAAGGAAAAGGAUAUGUAUAGUUACAAAUCAUAUUUAUAAAUGGUACGUUUAUGUACAACUUUUAAUAACAUAUCAAUUUAAAAUAUCUUUUCUGAAGCCCUAAUAUUUAAAACAGUAUUUAUUUUGCUAUAUGGAGAAAUAAAUAAAUAUAACAUUUAAUAGGUUUGUUCUAUUAUUUAAAAGAACCUAAACGAAAUUAUCAAGGUGUUAAAUAGAAGAUGUGGGAGUCUAUAGGAAACACACAAUGUUAACACAGAGUAAGAUCUCAAUGCAUAUUUGUUGAAUGAAUAAAUAAAUGGCAUUGAAAGUCAUGGAAAAAUUUUUGUUUGUUUCAAUGAAGUGACAGUUCUAGCCUAGAGGUACUAACUGGAGAUGAUGUUUCUUAUUCCAUUUUAGCAAUUAUUCACAUAUAGUACACUGCCCUCAGGGUUUUACAGAACCAAAAUAAACUUAUCAUUACAUUAGGUUUUUGGAGAAUUUAUCUCUGAACUUGCGGUUGCUUUAUAGCAUUUCUCCUCUAUAAGGGUUAGGGGCUGGAUGUAAGCAGAGAAUAGUAGGUGAGAAAAUAUGGGAUGCUAAGAAUUCUUCAAGGAAAGCAUUCCCCCCAAAAGUCUUUAAUGACUUUAUCCCAUUCAGGCCAAAAAUCCAUCAAAAGAAUCAACAUGUUCUGAUGACAUCCAUUUGUAGAGAGAGGCAAAUUUCAAUUCAGUAAGAAGGAGACAUGUCGAACAAUCCAGACUCUUUUUUUGAGGGAAUGAGAUCUCUGGAGCACCCAAAGGAUCUGAGCAGAGGAAGAUCCUUGUAUUGGGUGGAGAAUUGUUUGAUCCUCAGGUUUAUUUCUUUACCCACAAUUGAACACGGAUGCUGUGUCAGGUAAUGUACUAACCAGAGAUAAAGAUGAACAAGGUACAUACUAUCACAGCCUUAAAGGAGCUUCCAGUUAAGAGGUGAGGUACAUAAGAGCUUCCUCUGAGUCUGUGUUUAUGCACAUACUACUCUCAAUGGAGUUUAUAUGAGUCACCACUGAUUUAACAAAAAUAAGACAGCAAAUUUCCCCAACUGCUUAGCUAUUUGACAUGUUUCUGAGCUGCAAACUUUGUUACUCACUUGAACCAAUGUAGAUUCCCUUCAUGUUAUCUGUUCUAACCACACUGCAUUAAGAAAUAGUAUGUCUGUGUGGAUGCCCUCCCAGAUAAGGAAAGAUCUCCAUAUGAUCUUUUAUUUCUCAUCUUAAAAUAAUCAAAUUCAUACAUUUACUUUGUUAUUUUUUGGCCUAUGAAAAGUAUAAGGAUCUGAAGAGGAUGCAUUGCCAACAAGUUUAGAAAGUACCUGCUUUUCUGAAAGCCGAAAAACAUUCAACGUCAUGACAACCUGCCUUUCUGUGGCAGAUGCUCAUGAUUUCCGAGAAGUAAGAAACCUGAAUCAUUGUCUCUAUUAUCAGAUUCGAAUUUGGUUUCUUUCUUAGACUUUGACUAUAAUCACAUGCUGAUAAUAUGAUUCAAGCCAAGGCAAUAAUAUUAAGUGACUAACUGGCACCACUGUAUAUUGAAAACCCAUUACCGAGUCCCAGAAGAAUGUUUUCUGAGUUUGAAGUGCCAAAAUGAAUGAGGUAACUUCAGUUCUGGGGCCAUUGAUCAGUGAGUUUUAGGGCUAGAAGGAAUUAUAACAAUGCUUACAAACCAAUCCCUUUAUUCUAUUUAUGAGUUAACUAGAUUCAGAGAUAAUAUUUAUUCAAGACAUAUAUUGAGACACACCCACACACUCACACACCCCGCAGCUAAUGACAGCCGAUAUUAGAAUUUAAGGCUCUUAUCUUUCUUAAUCCUGCAUUCUUGUUCAUUGUAUUUCUCACUUUAUCAUAGAAGUACAUCUCAGUUCCUACAAAUGUGAAUGCCUUAUAGGUAUUAUUAGGGCCUGUAGAAUAUUACACUCUAUGUGGAGGCACUCUGACCUUUGAAAAGGUAUAGAAUAAACAGAACAUCAAAUUUAUUAGCAUUCUUUCUGGUUUAGAUAUUUUAGAAGUUGAGCUUUAGGAGAAGGAAAUGGAUUUUCAAUACAUUUUAAAUGCAGUACUUGAAUGUAUUGAAAUGCAACCCUCAAGAUGCUAUAUGGUUCUCAGCUACUCCUUCAAUAAAUCCUGUGGAUUGCAAUUCUUUUUAAGGAUAUCAUAUGGUGAAAGAUAUUGAUUUGACAAAAUUGGCUUGCUGCUUGUUAUAAAAACAAUUAUGCCAGGGGACAGAUUGUGGAUAUAAAAAAGAAUAGAUUGUUUAAAAAGUUUUAUUUCAAAAUAUCAAAAAUCUAUUACCUUCAAUGGGCUGAAUAUUUAAAUAUUAAUUAUUGUAGACCUUACUAGUAGGAAUAUAUGAAUAUUAGUUGUUAUAGGCUUUAUGAGUAACAAAAUACACUGAAUUCUCCAUAUCCAGCAGUAUUACAGUCUGAAAAAAAAAGACAUGACAGUCACAUUUUAUGAUAGCCAUAAAUUUGACAAUAUGAAGUAGAAACAAAAAAAUUGUCUUAGUGGGAAACCAAUAUCAGUUUAAAAAUUUUAUAUUUGCUGCAUAAGUCCUUACUAUGCUAGAAUGUACAGAAACGUUUUCUGUUGUGAGGGCUUAGAAACCUCAGAGCAUUUGAGUGUAAAGUGACAGAAUAUUUAGGAAUUGUUUACUGAGCCUUUAAAUUCUUGCCUCCAGUUGGAGGUUAAAUACGGAAAGAAUAGGAACCUAUACUGUUGAUAUCUUUUGCCUGCCUAUUUUCAAACUAGAUUCCAUGAGUCUUAAGGUAACCACCUAGAAAACGUCUUUGCAUGAAUUAAUGUUACCAAAACAAGGUUUAGGUCCUUACAUUAUGACUUAGUGCUUAACCAUAUCUUUGAGUUCCCUUGAACUCUGAUCUCAUUUAGGAACUUUUUAACAAAUUAAUUAUAAUCAAGCUGUUAAAUCAAGCUUCAGGAUUUAAAAGAUAAGCACAGCGCCCAACAGAGAGGAGGAUCUGAAACUAGGUGUUGAAUGAAUAAACAAAUUGCAUUCGAGGUUAUGCAAAAUAUUUUUUAAGUAUGAUAACAGUCCCAGUUUAUUGGUACCAGCUAGAGAUGAUAUUUUAUAUUCAUUUCAUUGGUCGGUUUGCUGCCUAGAUGCAAAGGGAAGGCAUUUUAUGUCCUUCCAGACUUACUGCGUUCUAAGACCCCCUAAGAAGUAACAUUUCAAGAAAGAUUAGAAAGGAUUUGGAACAUGUUAACAUUCUAUUCAAAUAUUAAUAUACCAACUGUUUCUAAUAGGAAAGACAGUAAGUAUUUAACGAGAAUAUAAAGUUCAAGCACUGUGAAGGGCACAUAUUUAUUACCAAACUAUGCACGGAGAGAAAUAUAGUUUCUUUCCUCCCUAACUGCACUCCUUUGUAUUGCAAACAUCAGUCAAUUAAGAGGAUAUUUUUUUCUAGAUGUCUCUCAUCUAGAGAUUUUGUAGCAUUUUGCAAAUGGGUAAGCUCCACUACCAUCCAAAGUGUUCUCUGUCUCAGUAAUUCAUAUUGAAUGUAUCUGUAGUCAUAAGCAUUGUAUAGAACAAUCAACAGAACAUAACUGAGAGAGAGCCUGCUAAACCAGAAAUGUGAAUACUGCUAGGCUGGGUUAUGGGUUCAACAAACCAUAAUUUUGAGAAAGCCGCUUAACUUCUCUGGACCUUGUUGUUUGUAAGAUUCCUUCUAGCACUAUUACUCUCUCAUCUAAGAUCUAAACUGAUAUAUGCACAUAUUUGCAAAUGAAAUUUCAGUGACCAUCUCAAAAUAAGUUUUUGGAGGUAAAUAUUCCAAACAGAUUUCCCUCUUCUUUUUCUGAAUAGACUUUUAAAGUAUAAAACUGAUUAUUUAACCUAAUAUGUGGAGAGAACCUAAUCCAAUGCUUGGACUAUAGCAAGUCCUCAAUUAACUAACUUUCCUCCUCCAACUCUUUCCUACUCUUAUUUCUCUACCUGCAUCCUCCGCAAUUCAUGCGCUCACUGCUCACUGAGACCUUAAUUGCUUGCAGAAAACCAACCCACAUAUUGGCUUUAUUUUAAAAUAUUGUAGAUAUUUUUAAUGCCAUCCAGAUUCUUAUGAAAAUAAUCUAAAAUUUUUUAUUGAUGCAAAAAUUUCAGGGAAACAGUGGAGGCACAUAGUCAGUCCCCAGAUGACAAUAAAAUGGGGAGUAUAAUUUGAAUACGCUAGAUUAAAUACGUCUAGAUAAUUUAGUUAUUUUUGAAUUCAUGGUUAAUAUAUAUUUAUGCAUUUGAUUUACUUUAAAAAUGUUUUGAAGAAUUUAAAAAGGACCUCUGCAACAUCAACCACCUUUCCUCAGUGUGACUGAAAGCCUGGUUCCUGGUUCUUCUGACCUGGAAUCACCAAAAGUCUUUAUUAACAAUACCGGUUUCUGGGCCCUGCUCGUUCAGUUAGAAUCUCUUGAAAUAAGUCCAAACAACCAUGCUUUUAAUACAUUUCCUAAGUUAGUCUGUUCCGUACUAUAAUUUGUGACCCAUCCUAAGCCAGCAGUUCUCAAACACACAUAUGUCUUUGGGACUUCCUGGAUCGGUUGCGUAAGAAUCUUUUGAAAGAGUGUUAAUAAUACACAGCUUCUGAUUCUCUGGGUCUGAGAUGAGAGCUGGAAUCUGUAUUUUAAAAAUCUCCCCAGAUAGUUCUGAUGUGCUGUCAGUUUUGAGGCCUAUGUCUUCGCCACCCACUAAAUGGGAAGUAUUCUAUUACUCAACAUAUACAAGCUAUCACCUGGAAUCUUCCAGAAUAUGUCAGUAAAGUAUUCCUCUACUUCAAGAUCCAAGACAUUCUCUAUGUCUGUUAUUUCAUGCAUAAGCAUAAUGCUGACUGACUAAUCUCUUCAUCUGGGGCAGGUGAUUUACAGUCUCCAGAACCUCUUUCAAUUAUUGAGUGGUUUAUAGCGGUAUUUCUCAAGCCUGGAUGCACAUCUGAAUCACCGGUAGAGGAUUUAAAGCUGCAGAUGUCCAAACCCCAUCUCCAGAGACCUGAUCCAGUUGGUCUGAGAGAGGCCCCAGAAUCAAACAGUUGUAGAGGCGCCACAGGUGAUACCAAUGUGGGGCCACCUCUGGGAACCACUGGUCUACACAGAACGCAUGAGCAGUUCUUGGCCUGGAGGAAUUAAUAGGCUAAGAAGAGGUUAUAUAUCUUAAAAAAAUACCUCUCAUUCUCUUUUUAGCUUCUAAUGACAUGUUUGCAUUUUGCAAUGUGGAAGACUAGACUACACAAUUAGUAGAAUCCUUUAUAACCACAAAAUCUUAUGCUAUUGUGAUCUGCUUAUCCUCUCUAUGGGUUUAAAAGACCUCUUCCCCAGGUCCCAAAGUCCUUGCUUGGUGGAUGGAAACAUAGCUUGCAAUUGGGAUAUAGCAAUGAGCUAUAGCAUGUGGAUUCUUGGUGACCACAGAUGUAGAAUUGAACCCCAGCUCUGCCACUCACUGUGUGCAAGUGACUUGACUUCUCUUAGCCUCAGAUUUUACAUCUGUAAAGUGGAGGUAGCUUAUUCCUGAUGUGUUUCUUGUGAGGACAAGUGAAAUGACAUUUAAGUGACUAGACAAUGUGUUCAAUUAGUAUCAUUUGUUAUCAUAAAAGAUCAUUGUGCGGAACUCAAAACUAUUUCUGAAAUUUCAGUUCUAAAAUUCUGAAAACACUAAGCAGACAGCUUAUACGAAUCAUUGCAAAUUUAAAUAAGCCAAAGAAAUGUUCUUCAGGAAAAGAGAAACAAACAAAUAUAGUGUGGAAGCAUGCACUUGUGUCUUCCAUAAUUACUCAGCAAUGGAAGGGGUAUGGGGAGCUGACAGUGGUAGCACAUGGGCAUUAUUGGCAUUACUGAACACAUAAACCAUUUCUGAAAAUAAUUGGAACACAAGCAGGCCUAAUUUUCCCUCACCAUUAUAAGCAAUCAGUAAAUUAAUAGUCAAUUUAGCUUAUUAUCAGUUGGUAUAGCUUAUGUCACAGAAUGCAGUAGCAGGAAGAUUCCCAGAGAUCAUUUUCUGGUAAGGAAAAAGGCCUAGAAAUAUUCAACAACUUGACUUACUUCAUCACUUCAGUUGGUCCACCAGCUUAGUCACAGAGCUACUGAACGAUGUAAGUUAAGAAACAGAAUCAAGUCUCCAACUACUUUUCCUAAAGUUAAAAAAAAAAGCUAAAGCUUACUUUUAAAAUGUUAGGGUACAAAUUCAAUAAAUAGGAAUAUAUUUGUUUGGUGGUACAGAAAUAAAAUAAUUCUUAGCCAGACUGUGAUUAAGACUACUCUAAUUGCUAAUUGCAUAAUAAAUACGGGUUUGACAAGAGUAAUCUCAGCUGUUCAUAUGCACAAUUUGUAAGUUGUACUGUAAUGGAACAAAAAAGUAAACAUAAGGAAAAUUUUUAAAUUUAUGUGUGAGUAAAUAAAUCAUAUUCAAAGUAGUAUUUUUAAGUAGCUCCUAAUCGUCUCACUUUAAAGAGUAUUAGAAAUGUUUAUUUCAGAUACAUUAGAAAACUUCAAAAAUCGAUUAUUUUUCUGAGUUUUCUGGCAACCAAAUUGUUAAAUUUGUUGUGUAUGUAAAGUAUGUUAAAUUAGAGCUGGCUAGAAUUGCAUUAUGAAAAACAAAUUUUAGCUGAAAAAUUCUAAAAGUGCUUUCUACAGAAAGGUAUUUUAACCAUGGCGAAUCUUUAUACACAUGGCUGCAUUCCAUUUUGAUUAAUGAGGGUGCAGGAGAAAGGCAGGCUCAGCAGAAACGGUACCCAGACUAAAUUAACCCAGUACUACUCAUUAUGCAAGAAAUAUGUGCCAGAGUUACCAUAAUGCAUCCCCUGAUCUCAGAUUGGCCUCAUUAGCUACCUUCAGUACCUUAGAUGAGACAAUCCUGGAGAUGCCAUCUUCCAAGUUGAGAUUGCCAGAAGAGAGCUCACUAUCAUCUAGAACAGGAUAUGUGUCUGCAGGGACUAUAAUGAGCUCAGGCCUUUCACAUACUGGUUUUCUUUUUCAAUAGGCCUUGAACCAACCAAGAAUAUCUGGUUGUCUAUGUAAAACUCGGAGCAGUCCACAUUUUAGAUAACAGAUGACCUAUCUUAAAUAUUUUACAUAUUAUUUUAAAAUAAUCAAUCAAAGAACAAAGACUAUCAUACUUGAGACCAGGAGUUUACUACAAGGAAAAGAAAAGUCAGCUUGCAGAUGCUCUACAUUCAAAUCAAUGAGAGCUCUUGCCCUGGAACACUAACAGGUUAUGUGGCAUUGGAAAUGGAGAUAGGAAAAAGGAGUGAAAAUAAUGACACCUUUUUUACUCUUAAAUAAAAAGUUUAAAUCUUUAGAGCUAUCAGCAUGAUGGCAUCCUUCAAAAACAAUAUAUUUAGUUUUGUGCUUUUUUUCCCCCUCUUUUUUUUUAAGGUUAAGUUUGGUAGGGGUCAGGGUUAGUGGAGCAAUUAAGACAAUAUAAAAAUAAUAUUUCCAUAAAUCAUGCGUAAGAUGAAGGUAAGAAGUAAUGUUUGCUGGAGGAAAUGCAACUGGUCAAAACUAUUUGAAUGAAAUUAUUGAGAUUAAUCAUCUUCAUUGGGAUAAUGCCAUUUUUUUCUGAAUCCAAAACAACGUUGUAUGUCAUGGAGAUUUUUAAAGGGAAAAAGAGCUAAGUCUGAAUGUAGAUUCAAGUUCACAAAGCUGCAGCAAGGAGAAAAAUGGUGACAAGAAACACAGAAAGAGCAGUAAACUAAGUUCUAGUUUACACAAUCUAUAGUACAAUUUCUCAUUUGUCAACCGAGUGUGGUGGACUUUACAUUAGAAUCACCUGGGAAGUUCUUCAUAAAUCUUGAUUUGUUGAUUACACAUUCUAGUUUAAUUACCCUGGCAAAGGGCACAAGCUGUCACAUAUUCUAGAAUUUUUCUUCUUUUCUUCCUGCUCCCUUUCAUGGGGCCAUGUUGAUGCUCUGCGACCCGUAAGAAAAGGGGUAAAGAAAAUUAACAGGCAAUUUCUUUAGGAGCUCUCAUGAAAGGGUUGCUAAAGAAGGAAGCUAGGAUGGAGUUUUACAAAGGAAGAGCAGGAACUUUACCUGCUUCCUCUGAUCUCAUUUCCUCAAGAACACACAUAGGGACACACAUAUGCCUAGACCUUUUAUAUGUAGUGAAACUUUGAACAAAACAACAUACACUCAAGUAAGGAAGGUCAAAGCUAUCAUGCUGAAAGAAAAUGUGCCAAUUCUAGCCAAUAUGUCAAUUGUAAGGGUCAGUAAUCCAUAAAUUAUUUGGAUGGUAAUUGUGUGUUUUAGUAAUGUAAUGUGAUUUUGCACUAUUGUAUUGUCAUAUUUAAGAAGACUCUUAAAAACACCCUGAAACCUAGAUGCCAAAUGUACAGUUUAUAAGUUCAUGUUAUUUCUGAUAAGGAUUUAACUGCAUUGUGCUAAUAGUUGUUUAAUGCUAUUAACUUUCUGUAUGUGUAUUAUUGCGAUGCAGACCUGAUAGGGUUGUUGUAAGCACACUAAUUAGUCAUCUGAAUUUUUCUAGAUAAAAUCACACAUUGAUCAGAAAUCACUUUUCUACUUAUUUUUUUGUAGAGUAUUUUUCCACACUUGAAAAAACAUGAUUUUGUAUCAAACAUCAGCUUUUCUUUAAAAUCUUAUUUUAGUAGCUAGUGCAUGUUUGAAAUAAGAUGUGUUAGAGAUUAUAUGACUAUAUUAAGGUUGUGUUAUAUUAGGUGAAAAAAAUGCAUGCCGUUGAUGAAUCAUGCAUCUUUGGGGGGUUUACACUGCCAACACACACAGGCUUUGUCUCAAUCCAUGUGCAUGAUUCGCAUCCUUUCAAAAGUCCUCUUUACACUUCAGUAAAGUGAAAAUGUUAUUCUUAGUGCUACUGAGCCAAUAAACAAUGCUGCUUUGCAUUUUUCCCUCACUUUGCAGCAUAUUGCAGUAAAUUUUUCCCUAAAAUUUUCUUCCUGGAGUUUCUUGUUGGCAAUAAAAUACAACAAAUAAAAUCAUUUGUUGGCAAAUGAUACAAUUUACUGUACAAAGCAACUUACUAUUAUGAAGCAUGAAGAUGUGAAAAAAACCAUCUUAAUCCGUUCCAUACUAUGAACACAAUAUUCUGGCAGCUUUUUCUACAAUCAAGAACGGUUUGGGUUUUUUUUUUACACUGCCAAAAUCAGUACUACUGCCAAGGAGGAUUAAAACACUUGAGGCCAGGUCUUCACAACACUAAACUGGGCGAUAACGUAGAACAUUCAGGCAAUGCGGACAGCCAAUCAGUGUCACUGGUAUAGGAAAAAGAAUGUAAACCCAAUCUUUUUCUGAGUAAUGGGUAAUCAAGAAAACAAUGAUUGUAUAAGAACUAUGAAUCUUGGCUGCAGAGACCAAGCCUCUGCCUGCUGAUAAUUUGCAGUAGUCUUUGCAAACAGAAAUUACUCCAUUCAAUGAAGUCUUGUUUUUGUUUUUGUUUUGUGUUCUUUUUCAGAAAAUAUACUUGUGCUUUUGAAAGGGCUUAAUUCCAAACAGAUAAUAUGUGUGAACCAACGGCCAUGCCUCAAAUGAAAUUAGUCAUUCAUCAUAAUACAGUAAGGCUAGAACAUAGCACUUGGUGACUUAAAACACCAAGAUAAGCAUUUACACUGUUGGAAGGUAAUUUCAUUGCUAAGCUAUUAAACCAGCGGGGAUCCUAUUUAUACAUUUAUUUAUUUAUUUAUUUACAGAAGUUUGGUUCAUUCAAGUUCAAUUUUAACAGCUUCAGUGAAGUUAGUUUAAUGGUAAGAAAUGUUGACUUUCACUACUAUUCCAAAUGAAAAUCAGGCAAUUGAGUCUUGCUACAUCCCGGAGUAAAGCAUUAAUCCAAAUGAUGAGUAGUCAGUUCUAGCAGUGUAGAGGCCAACUUUACCGGCCAGGAUGUUGCAUUUGUAUGACAUUCAGCAAACAUUGAUCUGGGCUCUUAGUUUGCUACAUAUUGUUCCCUUCGUUGAUUCAACCUGUGAAUAACAUAACAUGUUAUGGCAGCUAAGCAAAUGUUUUAAUAAGCCAUGAAAGGCAAAAUGCCAUAGGGAAUCUGUAUAUUCAGCUAUUUGGAGAACUUGUGUUUUCCACAAAUUAAACUGGAGAUGUCAUUUGAAAUUUCCUUCCUUCAAAAAUGCCAUUGCAUUGUGGAUUCCUGCCCAUUGAUGUCUUUCCAGGCUUAUAAAUAUAUGGUGUUAUUGCUACAGUUAUAAUUUUGUGAAAUUUUGUUCAGCAAUUAAUAGUGACUUCAGCAAUCUGUGCUAAAAUCCCAAGGCAGAAAUAAAUGUGUAAAAGAUUUGAGCCUAUAUGUGCAAGAAGAACUCUCUUUCUUCAAUCAUAUUUCCUAUACUCAGUGUUAAGUACUUCACUGAUUCACCACUGGAGUUAUUCCUUGGAUGUGUAAAUAAUGAUGUUCUUUUCAGGCCUAGUGAAUUCCUGUACUGUGACUAUUUAAAAUAAAAGAAUUCAAUUUAAA